UCCCACCUGCUUCUCUCUCUCUCUCUCUCUGUUCAUGAAAAGCUUUGAGUGGGACUUGUGAUAUAUGAAAGUGAGUCCCCCUAACGCACUCGGAGAGAAUAACAACAGCAGAAGCAGAAAUGGGGAAGUACACCAGGAAAGCUAAGAUGACUGCAGACGUCGCCCUCAUGGACGUCUCACAGUCCUAUCUCGGUGUCCGCACCCGCGCCAAAACCCUAGCCCUCCAGCGCCUACAAUCGGCCGCCGCUCCGUCUCCCUCCAACCCCGACGCCUGUUACCUUGAGCUCCGCUCCAGGCGACUUGAGAAACCCAUGCAGCAACAGAAUUCGCGAAGUCUCCGACAGAGCUGUGCUUGCAGAGGGAAGGAAGACCCGGAAGUUAGAAACCGCGAGGAGUGUUUCCAGACGGGUGGGAUUUUGGGCUCAAUUGAAGAGGGGGUUUUGGGGAUUGAGGCCUCCUUUGGGGAAAAUGAUUUGGAUAUUGAAGCAGCGGAAAGAAGCACUCGGGAAAGCACUCCGUGCAGUUUAAUCAGGGCUGCCGACACCAUUACUACCCCUGGCUCUACUACAAAACAGACAUUUUCAAGUGCUCCUACUGCAAGGGCCCAAAAUGUGCGCCUUGUAAAUGUUCCUUCUGCCCGUGAUUUGGAGGACUUUUUUGCCUGUGAGGAGCAAUUUCUGCAGCGCCAUUUUGUAGAGAAGUACAACUUCGAUUUCAUGAAUGAUUUACCUCUCCCUGGACGUUAUGAGUGGGUAGCAGUGAGGCCUUGAGCAUAAAUUUUAUCGUCGUAAUUGUGUUUCCCUGAAGUGACUGUAUAGUGAACAGAGCCUUGGUAAGAAAUGCAAUUUGAAGAUAGUUAUUGAACUAGGGCUGGUAGUUUGCUGACCAACCGUAUAGAAGUAGGAUGCCUAGAGAAUGUAUCACUAGUCUUAAUAAAAAUUACCUUAUCUCUGUAAAUCUCUCAGUCAACCGUAGUGGGAUACUUGAUAUAUUCUCAUGUCAAUUUUUUGCUUUAAUUUUCGUUUCAUGCCCUUUGAUGUGUGUUGUUAUAACUGGAUCAGUAAUGGCAAGAAUGUUGGAAACUUCCGCUCCCAA